AUGCAGAGCAAGGCGCUGGCGGUGGGCGCUGGCCUGUGCCCCAGCUUCGCGGGCCUCCACAGGCUGGGGCUGUGGACCUCUGAGCCGGCCGGCCCUCCAGCUGGUGGUGACGUGUGGCGCGGGGCGGCGGCGUGGCUGCACGCCGGGCUGCUCACCGUGGCGCACCUCGUGCUGCCCGUCACUCUCGCCGGCAACUUUCUCAACUGCCACUUCGACAGUCUCGAUCUGUUCGCCACCAAUGUCUUUCUCUUCUCUGGCAUGGGAGGUGUGUCGUUAAAGGCGCUGCUGUUCGCGCUGGACAAGAGGCGCUUCGACCGCCUGCUGGUGCGGCUGCAGCAGACCCAGAUGCUGUUCGUGGACAACGCGGGCGCGAGGGAGCGCUGCCGCAAGAUCGCCACCAGGCUGUACAACACGCACCAUAGCGUGUCGCGGUUCGCGGUGCUGGUGUGGGUGACGGUGCCGGCAGCGUCGGGGCUGCUGAGCGGCGACGCGGCCGCCGCCUGGGAGCUGCCGAUGCCGCUGUGCGUGCCCGGCGCCGACGUCUCGCUGUCCCCGCACUACGAGCUGCUCUACGUCGUGCAGGCCUCGUGCCUGUUCGUCGCGGCUGAGGGGAUGGUCCUGCUGGACGCCUCGCUCCUGACGCUCAUGCUCAACAUCGCUGCCGAGCUGGAGGUUCUCAACGACAACCUCGUCUCCAUAAAACGCACCGAACGGCCGAAGGACGAAAAAUGCUAUCAGUCAAAUGAUCGCCAUCCGUACUCGAAUGACAAACGUCUCAACAGUAAUUCCAGUUCCGCGGACGACACGUACGUUCAGUUAGUGGAUAACAUAAAACACCACCAGCAUAUCAUAAGUCCGCGCCCGCCGCGAACAGAGCCCGCGACGCGGGACGGGCCUCAGAUAGCUGCCACAACUGCAGAUGGAGGACUAGGCGGGCGCGGACGUCCGGCGGAGCACCAGGAAGUGACAACACCUCAGGAGUAG